UUCCAAGAUCUUAUCAUUGAUGGAUUUAAUAUGAUGGUGCGGACUUUCCUAAUUCUAUGUUGGUGUUGGUUUUAUUUUUUUGGUACAAAACAAGUUAACCCUUUCAUGCACCCCGUAACCCGAUAACAUGAUCAGCUGUCCAGUGUAGGGUUACCAUUGACAAUCAUUGGUUUGCCUCACAUGUCAAUCAUAGCAGCCCCACCCACGAGUCAUGAUGUCACCCCGAAAUGAUUCCAAACUACCCAACAGUCCCACUGCGGGUGACCGGACACAAACAUUUGCCUGGACUUACCCACUUUCCAACACCCCCGGCAUUGCUCAUGAACUCAUUGGACAGUCUCAUGUGUCAAUCAAGGCAGCCAUACCCCCUAGUCAUGAUGUCACUCUCAAAAGAUUCCGCCUCUAACUGUCGCGAUUGGGGUGACUUCUGACACGUACGGGCGCAGCUGAUGACACCAGACAAGUCUUGUCAGUUUCUCAAAGUUUGUUCUUCUCAAUUUCCUGAGCGGCAUCAAAGUCAGGGAAGACUUGUGGAGUGCAAGGAUUGUGAGGGUGCAGCAACAAUUUCUGUGACAUCAUCCACGUCUCUGAUGUCUUUGCGUCUUUGACAGGAUAAGUCACCGUUGUUAGCCUCGAGAGUGUUUAGCGUGUGCAUUGCGCAGCCUGAGAGGUGGCACACUUUUCGUUCUGAAUUUGUGAUUACGGAGUGGCGGUAAGAACAAUGACGACCUCAAGCACAGAUUCCGACUGCAUUCUCAAGUGGAAGAACAGGAGGCUGGUGGAGAAACAAAGUGAAUUUAACAAUCUGUGGACAAGCGACAUCCAGGCGCGGAAUGAAAAACUCGAGUCGCUGGAAGCCGAUCAACGGGCCCUUGAGAAGAAACUGGACGCGGUCAACAAGGAGAAUGUGGAAUUGCUCUCGCAGCAGAAAGUCUACGAAGCCAAAGUCUAUCUGCUGAUGCAGAAGAAGGGUAUCCUGGAGAACCAGGUGAGAAACAUGAAGACACUGGAAGCCAAGCUGAAGAAGAAGAUCGCCGACCAGGAAGAGGCCAAGAAGAACUUGGAGAAAAAACUGGCGGCGCAGGCAGAGCAUCACAAGGAAAACCUCAAGAAGACAGAGCUCAAGAUCCAGAAUCGUUUCCGCGAUAAAGAACGGGCGCUGCAGGCGAAGAUGGACGCACAACGCCUUGAGAUGGAGAACACGGAGAAACACGUACAGGACAUCAAAGACGAAAACAGCACGCUGAAGCAGGAACUCAAACGUGCCGCUCAACAAUAUGAAAAGGAUUGCGAAGCCCACGAAAAAAUGAUGACCAAGAUUGAUUUUGACUACCAGGUCGACAUUAUGACGGCAAAAAUGAAGAACAAGGUGCUGACGGACCGAGUGGAGACACUGUCAACCACCGCCGAGGACAAGAUCAAAGAGAAUGAAGCCCUGAAGGAAACGCUCAAAAGCAAGAACCUCGAAGCAGAGAAAAAGGGGACGGAACGCGGCGACAUGUUGCUCCAGAUCGAGGAGUUGAUGGAUAAGCUAAAAAGGGAGCAGAAGCGCACGGCCAUGUUAACCGAGCGCGUGACGCGAAUGGAGAAGGAGGUGGAGUCCAUGUGGAACAAGUACGAAAUCGAGCAGAAGGCUCACCUGUUCACCAAAAAACAUUCGGGUUUGGUACUGCGGAAACACAGUGACCUGACCGAUAGGAUCAAGUUCCUGGACCACCGGAUCAAGACUCAACAAGCCAGCAUCCAGAAGCUGGAAUCUCAUCUGUCUGCCAAGUCUACCUUCAUCCGGAACAUCAGCCUGGACAUUGAGACGUCCAUGACGCUGGUCAACGACCCCAAGAAAUUCAUCAAGGAAAUCACCCGCAUCAAAGGAAAACUCUUCGCUGACAAGGACUCGCAUUUGGCCGAGAUGGUCUUCCAAGCCAUAGAGACACAGAAGCAAAGGUUCGACCGCUACGAGACGACCAUCCAAAACCUCCGAAAGCAGCUCAGGCAUAAGGAGCUGCACAUGCAGCACCACAUCGAGAAGCUCGAGAAGCCCCGCAGCGAACUCAUCAAGAUUGUCAACGAACAACGACGGGAAAUGGCCAAACUCAAGACCCAGAUGAACCAAGCGAAUCACACGCUGCGGGAAAUCAAUAGCUAUCUUCCUCAGAAGGUCCAGUUGUGGGUCAAAGGUCGGCUCAGUGGGGCGGUAACGACCGUGACACCGAUACACUAAAACUGGCAGCGGGCAACCACUUUGCAGUGCAUGUUCAGCUUGUUUUUUCCAUACCAAAGAUGCUCGCACUUGCAAAAAUGGAACAGCAAAUGUUUCUGGAUGACGUGAUGGCAGUAGCUCAAAUGGGUACUCAAGUUUCGGGAGGCACAUUUUUGGGCGAUUGCAAAAAUGUUGGGGGGCAUGUUGGGGCAUCCCAAGUUGCUAGAGGGUACACAUUUUGGCCGGGGAAC